AUGCAGAUCUUUGUUAAGACCCUGACCGGCAAGACCAUCACUCUCGAGGUCGAGAGUUCAGACACCAUCGACAAUGUUAAAGCCAAGAUCCAGGACAAGGAGGGCAUCCCCCCGGACCAGCAGAGGCUCAUCUUUGCUGGCAAACAGCUAGAGGAUGGCCGCACCCUGGCUGACUACAAUAUUCAGAAGGAGUCUACCCUCCAUCUUGUCCUGCGCUUGAGGGGUGGCAUGCAGAUCUUUGUUAAAACUCUUACAGGCAAGACAAUUACACUGGAGGUUGAGAGCUCUGACACCAUCGACAAUGUCAAGGCCAAGAUUCAGGAUAAGGAGGGCACUCCCCCGGAUCAGCAGAGGCUCAUCUUUGCUGGAAAGCAGCUAGAGGAUGGUCGCACCCUGGCUGACUACAACAUCCAGAAGGAGUCUACCCUCCACCUUGUCUUGCGCCUGAGGGGUGGCAUGCAGAUCUUUGUCAAGACAUUAACUGGCAAGACAAUCACACUGGAGGUUGAGAGUUCUGACACUAUCGACAAUGUCAAGGCCAAGAUUCAUGAUAAGGAGGGUAUUCCGCCGGACCAGCAGAGGCUCAUCUUUGCUGGCAAGCAGCUCGAGGAUGGCCGCACCCUGGCUGACUAUAAUAUCCAGAAGGAGUCUACCCUGCAUCUGGUCUUACGCCUCCGAGGAGGGAUGCAGAUCUUUGUGAAGACACUUACUGGGAAGACUAUCACACUUGAGGUUGAGAGCUCCGACACAAUUGACAAUCUGGAGGAUGGGCGCACAUUGGCUGAUUACAAUAUCCAGAAGGAAUCCACCCUUCAUCUUGUCCUGCGUCUCAGAGGAGGGAUGCAGAUCUUCGUCAAGACCUUGACUGGCAAGACCAUCACACUCGAGGUGGAGAGCUCUAACACAAUUGACAAUGUCAAGGCAAAAAUUCAGGACAAGGAGGGCAUCCCACCGGACCAGCAGCGGCUCAUCUUUGCUGGGAAGCAGCUGGAGGAUGGGCGCACCUUGGCUGACUACAACAUCCAGAAGGAAUCCACUCUUCAUCUUGUCCUGCGUCUUAGGGGUGGCAUGCAAAUCUUUGUCAAGACGCUGACUGGCAAGACAAUCACGUUGGAAGUGGAGAGCUCUGACACCGUUGACAAUGUGAAGGCCAAGAUCCAGGACAAGGAAGGGAUUCCUCCAGAUCAGCAGAGGCUCAUCUUUGCUGGGAAGCAGCUUGAGGACGGGCGCACCUUGGCAGAUUACAACAUCAAGAAGGAAUCCACUCUUCAUCUCGUCCUGCGCCUCCGUGGUGGCCGUGUUAACUGA